AUGGACCAUCCGCAAUCAGGCGCGAUCCAUGUCGCUGCGGCCCCCGAGGCAUCGUCAGGAGAAUCCAAGGUGGCCUGGAGUGUCUCAGAAAGCUACAAGUCCGGCACUCGGAUUGUAUCUCUUGGAAACGACAUGACCAGGAGAGUCGAAGGGAGAUUACUGACUGUCCACUCUGCGCCUCUGUCCAGCUUGAUUCGAAAUAUCAUCAAAGUCUACCCUGGCCAAAAGUUGACUGGCAGCACUCUUGUCUUUCAAGAACCAUACGCAGCCCUCAUGCAUCACAUGCCAGAUCUCGAAGCAUCUUACACGGACUUUAAAUCGCAAGGAGAAGAACACCCAGCAGAUGACUCUCAAUUGAGCCAUGCUUUUGCUGCACUUCUAGACUUCCUUCGCCCAGCGUAUCAAGAAUGCUACGUCCCAGCACAAGAGCGGCUAUCACAAGACCAACCAACAGUCACGUUUGAUGAUUUAUGGGUUCUCUACAGACCCAACUCGCUUGCGUAUGCAAAAGUAGACGAACACUGGAUUGGUUGUAGAAUCGGAGCAACCACAAAGUGGGUCGCAGACCCCCAGGAGAGAAUGCCCACGGAAUGGCAGGUAGGAAUAUGGCUUCUGCAGACCGAUUCCACGACCGGAGAAAUAGGCUGCGCUACACGAACCUACAGAAUCCUCGACUUUGACGGCGAAAUAAGUCCCACAGAGCUUGAAAUUGUACCAUGCCAAUCCUUUGAUAAAACUGAUGGCGGGGUAAGAAGAAGACGUUUUGAGGAACGCGGCCAGAAGAUCCUGGAUAUCUUAUGGGGACCCUCAAGGCAAUUCAGGCAUAAUGGAGAGGCUUUACAUCCACAAAAUCAUCACGAGGGUGAUGUGUUGAUAUCUGGCACAUUUGUUGUGGGCUCGAGUGUGAAGUGCAACUGGUUAUUCAAAUGGGCUGAACCUUGGCAUUUCCUCACAAAGGACAAUCCUGCGUACCGCGUAUUGGAGCGGAAAAUUGAUCCCAAGAGAGAUAGCCGCGAUACCUUUACCGGAACCAUGCGUUUCAUGCUUUCUCCAUGCCUGAAUGCAUUGGCUUUAUGGGGAGCCACAUUGCAUUUGGUGCACGUGGAUUGCCUCAAGCCUUCGAGCUUUCCCGAUAUCAUGCCUGAGCCAGUUCUUCAUGAUAAUCAGCUGCUUGAUCUCAUUCACCUUGCAGAAUGGCAUGGAGCAGAGGGGUCAAUAUUGAGACAAGGCCACGGUGAUACCGUAGGCAAUGGCGUUAUUGUUUCCCUGACAGGCGGUCCUGGAGUCGGCAAACGAUAUACUGCCAAUUACGUUUCCUGGAAGACAAAGCGUCCUUUGAUCACGAUUCAAAUGUAUGAAUCCGAUGAAAACACGAACUUGAAACAUUUGGGGCGCUAUUUGCCUCGAGUAAGCAAGAUACACAAUGCCAUGGUUCUAUACAAACGUAUGACUGAUAUGCAUUACACCGGAACGUUCAAAGCUCCUUGGUCCUUCCUACGCCAAUUAGACACCAUGGUAUUCUUCAGUUCACACGGUACGCAAAGCGUUCCUUUCUCGUCUAUCCAGAAUCUUGUCCACAUGACCAUUUCCUUCAGUCAACUUGACCACAAGAGGCAAAAAAGGCUAUGGCGAAACAUGACAGAUAUCUACCACACUCGACGGGGCAUGGAUUCUAUCAUAGCCUUCGAUAGAAGCGCCUCGAGUUUCUUGAGUUCAGACGAUAUGCCCGAAGUCAAUUGGAACGGCCACGAUAUCGACAAGUGUCUUCAAGCAGCCAUAGCAUGUGCGCAAGCUGCUGGAAACCCUAGUGACCCCAAUCAGAACGGGAACUCGAUUGUGGUCGGUGUUGAGCAUUUAAAACAAGCAAUGAACAUGACCUUUGCAAAUCGACUCCAAGACUACGACAGUUCAGACGAUGAUGUGCCGGAAUUUGGUCGCUUCCACAAGUACAAUGAGUUGUCCGAUGAUGAGUCACCGCCUUCAUUGCUAGAAAAGGAGAAGAGAAGGGCGAACUUUGGUCGCAGCAAAGCUCAUAGGCGCAACCUGUGCAUCGCCGAGCUAAAUCGGGUUGAGUGGGCCACAUUCAAGACGUUAGGCGCAACUGAGCUGUUCAGAAGCAAAAGUUUCCACGCCAUUGAUGUACUUGUUGGAGAGCCUCAGAUCUGGCGUGAGCCUUUCAGCCUACUAGGCCAGAAGCAUCGCAUUCCUGUUCGGGGCACAGCACCUCAACUUCUAGCCCCCGAUACAAAGAUACCGCAAAACACAACCGAUGCAGCGGCUAGUGCGGCAUUGCCAGAGAGGAUUCGCAUCAACUCGCUGGCCAUCAUCAAAGCCUUUUCGGAACUUCAUAUCGACGACUCAUCAAACUUGCGGGGUUCUUUUCUGCUGUUCCGUCCGUACAAGGUGCUUUCAUACUAUGAAAAGGAAUUGCGCAACUGGACAGAGAGGUUGGAGGAUAAAGUCAAAGAAGAUCACCAGCACUCUGAACGGGUAGACGAAGGUCAGAAUGGUCUGCAAGCUGACGUCGCAGAAAUGAAAUGCUUGUUGUCAUUCAUUGACACCUACUUGAAGGAAAGACAAGAAAAAAUACAGAAAGCCCUAAUUCAUUCGGUUUCUUUUGAUGAUCUUUGGUUCCUAUUCAAACCAGGAGAUACGGUCGUGCGAAACGACGUACCACAAGCAUAUCGGGUCGUGCGCGUUGCCACGACCCGUCACCGCAUCAAAGAGGACAACAACACCAGUCUGUCGUUUUUCAGAGAUGAUGCCCUUAUGGAAUUUGAUCAAGGGCAUAUAUUCAUUCAAUGCGUCUACAUUGACUUCAAUGGUCAGUUGCUAGGUCCUGUUGUGGAUAUUGUCCCCAUUCCUCAUUUCAAGGGGGAAAAAGCAAUUUCCUCACUCCCAGUCUAUCCCCUGGACUUCUGUGAUGAGCCCGGGAUCAAGAAGGAGUUCCUUUUAGCACGGGGGAAAGCAUUUGUCAAAGCUGGGAGCAUCAAGCAUAUGCACUACAGAGGUUUGACCCUUCCAGCAAUAGAAAGCUCCAAGUUGCGCGAUGAAGUCGACAGUCAAGUGGUAGUUGACUUUGAGGAAGCUUUCAAUCGCAUUCCAUCGUGGAUGCCCUCUGUGAAGAAGUCUGUUCUCGAGGAAUUUGAUGAUGAUGAUGAUGAUGAUUCUUCUUCUUCUUCGUCGUCGUCGUCGUCGUCAGACAAAGACCAGUGGAAGCCUGAGUUUUAUUACACGCAGAACACAUCGACUUGGAAGUGUAUUUCGGAUUGUUGCCAUCAGGAAAGUGUCUAUCAUGACGAGCCAAUCGAUGACAGGACAAGAAAUGACUACCUGGCUUCCCAAGCCAAUGAUAAUAGCACAUCGCCAUCAGUGGCCAUUGAGGCAAGAGCCUUGUCUGAUUUGAACGAUACGCUGAGAGACGACGACUUCUUGAUCAUGUCUUACCGAGUUUUUGGCUUCGUCCUCCGCAGCCGUAAAUGGUAUCAACUGGACUUGGCAGAUGCAUCACCGGCUGAAACCAACAGCGACGGGUUUGACCAGCUCGUAUUACCAGCAGGUCAUAAGGAUAUAAUCAUAUCAAUGAUGACAAAGCACUUCCGAGACAGAAAGUCACCAUCCUCACGUCACAUUCAGACGGAUAUCGUUCGAGGAAAGGGCAGGGGAUUGAUCAUGCUGUUACACGGAGUACCUGGUGUAGGGAAAACAUCCACUGCUGAAUGCCUUGCCGGCGUCUUUAAUCGGCCUUUGUUCCAAAUUACCAGCGGUGAUUUGGGCAUAACGGCAGCAGAUGUUGACAAAAAUCUCGAGGAGGAUUUCUCACUUGCCAAUAGAUGGAACUGCAUUUUGCUUAUUGACGAAGCAGAUGUAUUCCUGGCCCAACGAAACAAGGAAGACUUUGUUCAAAAUAGUCUUGUCGCAGUGUUCUUGAGAAUCAUGGAAUACUACUCUGGAGUUUUAUUCUUGACAACUAACCGGGUUGGUGUGUUUGAUGAGGCCUUUACCUCGCGCAUCCAUAUUAGUCUAUACUAUCCACCUUUGACCCGCUCACAAACACUUGAGAUCUUCAAGAAGAACUGGGAGAGAAUCCUGGCCCGCUCCAAGGAAGACAGUCGGCAGAUCGACAUCAAUCAGUCGGAAAUUACCGAGUUCGCCAUGGACUAUUUCGACAACAACAAGCAGGGCCGCUGGAACGGCCGACAGAUUCGCAAUGCUUUUCAAUCUGCCCUGGCCAUGGCCGAGUUCCAGAUCUUGGGCAUGGAGGGAGUGAAUGAGGAUGACAAUGUUGUUAGCGAUGACCAAAAACCAGUACAGACGGUUCAAUUGGGCAAAAGACACUUUGAAGACGUUGCCGCGGCAUACAAGAGCUUCAUAGACUACCUCAACAAUGUUUACGGUGCCGGCUCUGCUCGCCGUGCACGUGAAAACAUGUGGCGGUUCGAUCCCGAAGAUGAGAGUGCAUCGAAGCGGCCGUCUGCCUUGUCUCAAAGACUCAAGUUUACGAGAGAGCCGACGCCACAACCCCCGCGGAAUAUGGAACCGGGCUUGGGACCAUCGCAAUAUCACCGUGGCUAUGGACCGGAUUACGAAAUCCCGUCGAAUUACGGACCAAGGACUCCGCCACGCGGCGGAGGGUAUCCCGGUCCUCACGAAUAUCAGUAUCCACCGGCCGAUUUUCCUUCACGGAAUACUGGAAUGGAACAAGGUCUCUAUUCAAGUUACCCCAGGACAUCGGUACCCAGUGCCAACUACCCGUCAGCUCAUUCGCAAACAUAUGGACCUAGGAUCCAUCCAACAGCACAGCACGAGAUGCAGGCUGCUCCAUCGAGCUGGGCGGGCAGUAGCAGAGAUGUGCAGCCAGGAUUUUACCCUCAUCACCCCGGAGAGCAGACCCAGAGGACUGGCGGUGGGCAGGAAGGGCCUUGA